GACGCCAGUGAGAAAAUCGAGCGCACCCAGGUUGUAGGGGAACCGGCGGGGUUUAGGACCCGGCGGGAGGCGCGGUACAAUAGAGCUGUUGUGCCGUGGUGCUGGACAGAUUGCUGCCCUGGAGAUCCCCACUGUGCUGGGAUACACAACCCCCAAAUCCACCCUCCAGCUCGCGCCGGGGCCUCUGGAUGUUCCCGCUGUAUGUCGAAGGUUUGAGCUGGACUGAGAUGUGGCGGGAAUAAAGCGGACAGCAGCGCGUGGACUGAAGGAUGUUACAGGAUGAAACGUCUCCAUUCUUCAAGCAGCAGCGACAGUUCUGACAAUGAGAGUCCCUCGACUUCUUUCUGCUCCUCCAACAAGUAUGGCGGCAAACCUGAAACCCCCGCCUCCGACCCGAAGAAACCGGCUGAAGUGUUCAGAAAAGACCUGAUCAGCGCCAUGAAGCUGCCCGACUCCCACCACGUGUCCCCCGAGGACUACUACCUGCUGGCCGACACCUGGAAGCAGGAGUGGGAGAAGGGCGUGCAGGUGCUGGCGAGUCCGGACACCAUCCCGCAGCCGUCGGUCAGAGUUGUUGUGGAGAAGCCCAAAGAGCUGCUUUACACCCACCAGAGGAAGUACAUCCAGGGCUCGAGCCAGGAGUCCACAGACCCGGGUUACGUGAACAUCAAGGAGCUCUCGGAGGCCAUGUGCCGCUACGACCUGGACGACGUGGACCUUUACUGGCUGCACGCGCUCAACGGAGAGCUGGAGCGCAUGGGGGAGGAGCCCAUAGACGAGCUGACGAUGGAGCGCGCCAUGGAGGCCCUGGAGAGUCAGUGCCAUGACAACAUGAAGCACGCCAUGGAGACGGUGGAGGGCCUGGGGAUCGAGUACGACGAGGACGUGAUCUGCGACGUGUGCCGCUCCCCCGACAGCGAAGAGGGCAACGACAUGGUGUUCUGUGACAAGUGCAACAUCUGUGUGCACCAGGCCUGUUACGGCAUCGUCAAAGUGCCCGUUGGAAACUGGCUGUGCAGGACGUGCGUCCUCGGCAUCGACCCGCAGUGCCUCCUGUGUCCUCAGAAGGGCGGGGCCAUGAAGGCGACACGAGCCGGCACCAAGUGGGCCCAUGUGAGCUGCGCCCUGUGGAUCCCGGAGGUGAGCAUCGCUUGCCCCGAGAGGAUGGAGCCCAUCACCAAAGUGUCCCACAUCCCCCCCAGCCGCUGGUCCCUCAUCUGCAGCCUGUGUAAAUGGAAGACGGGAGCUUGUAUUCAGUGCUCAGUGAAGAACUGCACCACUCCUUUCCAUGUGACUUGUGCCUUUGAGCACAGCUUGGAGAUGAAGACCAUCCUGGAUGAAGGCGAUGAAGUGAAGUUCAAGUCUUACUGCCUGAAGCACAGCAAGUCUAAACCUGGGGAGGCCGGCCUGAGCCCGGCUCGCUCUAAAGCCCCCGCAGAGGCGGAGAAGGUGGGGCAGCGGGCUCAGAGGCUGCAGGAGCUGGAGGAGGAGUUCUACACCCGGAUCCAGCAGGACGAGCUGGUCCAGGCUCUCGGGCUCUCCGUGCGCCUGGUGGACUUCUUCUAUCAGUACUGGAAGCUGAAGAGGAAAGCGAGCUUUAACAAAGCUCUGCUGCCCGCUCGAGAGGGGGAGGAGAACCUGGUGCUGCAGCCGCACGAGGACAGCAUCCACACACGCAUGCGGAUGUUCAUGCACCUGCGGCAGGACCUGGAGAGGGUGAGGAACUUGUGCUACAUGGUGAGUCGGCGGGAGAAGCUGAAGGUGUUGCAGAGCAAAGCCCAGGAGCAGAUGUUCAACCUGCACGUGAAGCUCAUGAACCAGGAGCUCUCCGCUGGUCUUCCUUCUUCCUCUCCCGCAGAGAGCAUGCUGUUUCGUCCUCCGCCGAGGAUAACGCUGAAGCUGAAAAUGCCCAAAUCCUCAAGUCUUGGAAAUGGAAACUGCAGCUCCAAGUCUGGUAACGGGCCACUGUGCCCGGACAAUAGCGGGAACGUGACGGAGCACACGGGGGAGGGUUUGGGUCAGGGGAAGCCUCAGAUGCACGGCCGAGGUCGGAGAGAGGAGCGCUCCAACGGCCGCCUGUCGUCCUCCAGCCACUCGCGCAGCCCGGCGCUGUCCGUUAAACCCAGCGGCAAACCUUUAGCUCUGCACGCCGCUCUGCACGGACACUCGUCCAACAGCAACGGCAAACUGGACCAAGACGGGUCGAAAGCUAACGGCCUCCUGGACAAGCUGGUGGCUCAGAAGGACAGUUCCUGCCAGACGCCGACCGACCCGGACGCUUCAAAUCAGGUUUUGGACAAGAGCAGCUUUCGCAAGUCUGCCAUGGAGCACUUCGGCAGGUCCUUCAAAGAGGCGACCAUUAACCUGGUGCGGACCACGGAGGACCUGCGGGCCUCCGACAAACUGUCCCGAAAGGGCUCCGGCAAGGAGAGACUGUGGGCCAAACCCGUGUCCGAACACAGAGCGAAGAGCGGCAGAUCGUACCAGGACAGCGACGGGUACUGUCCCGACUUGGAGCUCAGCGACUCGGAGCCCGAGGCCAAAGGGAGGCACCGGCGGCGGCAGCUCGGGCCGCCUCAGCCGGACGCCCCGAGGAAAGCCGUCAGUCGCGGGAAGCAGUCGCUGGGCUCCAGACUCCCGAUGCAGAGGUGACGGCCGUGUCCGCUCGCCGCCCUCCUCCUCGCCGUGGCGGUCUUCCCAAGUGCCGGCCGUCUCCCCCAGCGCUCGUGGUGCUGAACACUACGGCUGCAGAGAUUAAUCCUUUAGUUGUCAACUAUUAAAUUAAUCACCAACGAGUUUGACGGACGGUUUGAGUCGUUUUGUAAGAAAAAAGAAAAAAAAGUAGAACUUCUGAUUCUGAAAUGUGAAAACCUUUUGAGUUGUGGACGAAACGACACCUUUGAGGACAUUUUAUACACCAAACAAGCGUUUGAUGGAACACGUGGUCAGUCGCAGCCCAGCUGUGAAGGUCCGAGCGCAGCCUCGUGUGAAUGUUCUCACGUUGUCAUUCCUGCCUUUCAGCGGCUGCAGAUACAUUUUGCACAUCUUUGUAUUAAACACAGGCUCAAUCUGCAUUUCUAAACCUGCUGUAAAUAAAGUUGAAUCACACGAGGGAACCUUGUAGCAUCUCCUGCACGCGUUCCUCAGUCUCCCGCUGACCUUUUAUAUUUGUCAGGUCGUCGGGUCGUGUUAUGAGCGGAUGCCUUGUUUGUGUAGGAAUGCGGUUUUACACUAUUAGAGUCGUGAACGUGUUGCACCUCAAAAUGUGAAGACGUGCGUCAGAAAGCAUAAUUACAUUCCCCGGUGAAGAGCGGCACCGAUCGGCAACUAUUUACAUCAUCAGUCACUUUGUCUUUAAAGCUUUCAGCCUCACAUCCGGAGAUUUGCAGCUUUUCUCUGUUUUAUAUCAUAUUGAAGUGAAAAUCUUUGGCUUUUGGACUGAAAGACAUUUAAAGACAUUAUUUUUCACUAUUUUCUACAACAAACUGGACGCAGAGACGUGCAGACGUGAACGCCUCCGAUCACACGAUCAUUUCCUUCAUACUUUGUCUUCUUCUGUUUCUUGUCACUUUUCUUUGUUAUAAUAAACGACCUGGAAUAACCGCUUUA